AUGUCCAACUCCGGGAACGUUGCUCGCGGCUUGAAGGGCGCCGUCUCCAACCCGAACAACUCGGAGGAGGCCAAGCAGCGUGCCCAAGACCGUCUCGACGAGAUGCACGCAAGUGGCGAGGCGAACAGCAGCGAGGCUCACGCCGCUCAAGUGGAGCGUGGCCAUAAGGCUGCUAUGUCCAACCCUCGCAACUCCGAAGAGGCCAAGGAGCACUCGAAGCAGAUAGUUGACGAUAUGUCUAUGUAA